CGGCUCGGCUCAGCACGGCUCGGCUCGGCCCUGCCGGCUCCCCAUGCUUGGGGCCCCGCCGCGCACCCCCACAUGCCCGCCGGGAGAGGCCGGCAGCCGCUCUCCGCCGCCGCGCCCUAGCCCGCUCGCCCCGCGCCCCCAUGGCUCCGCUGGCCGAGGUGGGGGGCUUCCUGGGCGGCCUGGACGGCCUGGGGCAGCCGGUGGGCGCCCACUUCCUGCUGCCGCCCGCCGGGGAGCGCCCGGCGCUGCUCGGGGACCGCCGGGCCCCGGCGGAGCGGGCGGCCCGCGGCGGCGGGGCGGCGGCGGCGGCGGCGGACCUGGCGCACUUGCAGGGCAUCCUGCGGCGGCGGCAGCUGUACUGCCGCACCGGCUUCCACCUGCAGAUCCUGCCCGACGGCACGGUGCGCGGCACCCGCCAGGACCACAGCCUCUUCGGUAUCCUUGAAUUCAUCAGUGUGGCGGUGGGACUGGUCAGUAUUAGAGGUGUGGACAGUGGCCUUUACCUUGGAAUGAAUGAGAAGGGAGAACUCUAUGGCUCUGAGAAACUGACUUCUGAAUGCAUCUUCAGGGAACAAUUUGAGGAAAACUGGUACAACACUUACUCAUCCAAUGUGUACAAACAUGGAGAUUCGGGGCGGCGAUACUUCGUAGCACUUAACAAAGAUGGUACUCCCAGAGAUGGGGCAAGGUCCAAAAGACACCAGAAAUUUACACAUUUCUUGCCCAGGCCUGUGGAUCCUGAAAGAGUUCCAGAACUGUACAAAGAUGUGUUAGGAUACAGCUGAGGAAGGAGGCAACUUGUGAAAAAAACUCACAUUGGAGCUGUUGCCCCUGCUUUCAUGGCAAUAUCAGCAUGCAGAACCUGCAGAGAUCUAGGAUGGUGGUUUGGAAGAAGGUGCUUUGUGGUAGGCAAGCCUCUUGUUUUGUGACCUUUGG